GAACAUCUGGACCUACUAGUAAAGGAGGCAGUAAAAAAGGAAGGAAAUUAAAAACUCUUACAGCUAUUAAAAAAAAAGAAUUAUGUGAAUAUAAACUUGAUAACCCAUCCAAGUCACAUGAAGCAAUUGCUGAAUUAUUUGAAAUUAGUAAAUCAACUGUGGGUGAUAUUUUGAAUAACAAAGAAAAAUGGCUUGCAGUUGCAGAAAAUUCAGCAGAUGCCAAUAAAAAACGUGGUCGUGGAAGUGAAUGGCCACAGUUAGAAGAAGCAUUGUUGAUUUGGGUAAAUCUUGCCAAUGAGGCUAAUCAUACAGUAACUGGUGCAAUUCUGAGCCAAAAGGCAGCACAAUUUGCUCGAAGACUUGAUAUUUCCGAUUUCAAAUCAUCACAGGUAUUAAUCUCUUUUGUUUUAAUAAACUAUGAAUUAGAAUAUGAAGAAAAUGCAGUCCAAACACUUAUUAAUCAAAUGGAUGUUGAUGAUAUCACAGCAAGCAAUUAUAUUAAUAUUGACUCUAGAAUAGAAAUUGCCGAAGUGAUUGAUGAAGAUGAAGAAGAAGAAACCAUGAGUACACCAAUAUCAUAUCCAAUUGCUUUAGAUAGUAUUAAAAAUCUAUUUGACUAUUUGCAACAAAAUUCUGAUAUAAAAGUAAAUAGCUCAGUAAUAUCAGGAAUGAGAGACUUACAACAUCAAAUUAGAAGAAAACAAAAUGCAUCUCUAAAACAACCUACCUUAGAAAAUCAAUUUUGA